AUUGAACAAUCAAAGCCCUAUAAAUAAAUCGAAAUUUUCAUUGUACUACUAUUGUGCACCCUUUUACUGUUGAUUUUCACUUUGUGUUGCUGGAAAAGAAUCUCUUUACCCCACGUCUGGAACACAGAGAAAAAUAAAAUCAGCUCUUUCUCUCUCUCUAUCUUUAUUUCAUCACUACUUUCUUUCUUUUCUUUCCUUUCCCCUUUUUUCAUCAUGAUCCCUUGUACUUUCCUUUUACUACUUUUUAUCUCGCUUGUGCAUGCACAACUCGGUGGCAAGGUCCUUUCUCCCGCUCAAAACGAUACAGUUCAAGUUGGCAAAAAUACAGAGAUCGUAUUUCAAUACAACAACGAAGGCCCUGGGGACUACACUGUCGAUAUUCAGAUCUGGCAAGAUGCUGCAGCUGAACAGCUUAUUAACAACAUCACGAUCAAUCAUCCUAUUAAAUCUGGAAAUUCUUCUGGCGUUCACGUUGAUUUUGUAUACAAUGAUACCUUUAGCUGGAAAGUACCUCAUGGAUUAAACGAGACGUUCUAUUUGACUGUUAUCGAACAUGUUGUUAAAAAGCCAAGUAAUCAGACAGUCAGUCUGCGAUCUCGUCCAGUGAUGCUUCAUACAAGUUCGGCCAAUGCUUGGAAUCUUUGCUCAUUUGCUUUUACAGUUACUGUGUCCUUAUUAACACUUUCCUACUUAUCUAUUUAAUGCGUUCAAAAGAAAGAGCGCUUAUUGUUUAGUUUUUCACUUGUUCAAUAAACUUUAAUAAUACUCUUUUCUAAUACGAAUUAAAGAUAAACGUAAGGAGAAUAGACGGA